GGGACACCAAAUAUCGUGAAUGCAGGGUCCGAAGACACCAGAUAUAGUGAAUGCAGGGUCCGGGGAGACCGGAUAUAGUGAAUGCAGAGUCCGGGGAGACCGGAUAUAGUGAAUGCAGAGUCCAGGGAGACCGGAUAUAGUGAAUUCAGGGUCCAGGAAGACCAUAUAUAGUGAAUGCAGGGUCCGGGAGACCAGAUAUAGUGAAUGCAGGGUGCUGGGAGACCGGAUGUAGCGAAUGCAGGGUCCAGGGAGACCAGAUAUAGUGAAUGCGGGGUCCGGGGAGACCGGAUAUAGUGAAUGCAGGGUCUGGGGAGACCGGAUAUAGUGAAUGCAGGGUCCCGGGGGGAGCGGAUAUAGUGAGUGCAGGGUCCGGGGAGAGCGAAUAUAGUGAAUGCAAGGGUCCAAGGAGACCAGAUGUAGUGAAUGCAGGGUCCGGGGAGACCAGAUGUAGUGAAUGCAGGGUCCGGGGAGAUCGGGUGUAGUGAAUGCGGGGGCGGGGAGAGCGGAUAUAGUGAAUGCAGUGUCUUGGG